ACUCGGUCAGCUGUUUGUGUGCCACUGGGUUUGUUGGAAAGAGAUGCGAAUGGAUGGCCUGCCCUUCAGAUGGAAACUCUUUUUGUUCAAAAUGGAGGAACAUGCUAUCAAGUUCAAGAUCUCAGUCCUAUAACCUGUGCUUGUCCCCCACAGUUCACAGGUAGUCCAAUGUGAGACAGUGCUGUGUGAGGCAGAAGCAGAUGUCCCAGUGUACCCUGGUAGUAGUGUGACCUACAGUUUGGUCGUGGACAGAGGGAGGGAGGAGCCAGACUCAGCCUGUCCUGACAUUGUCAGGAGCUCAUUGACUAUCCUUCAGGAGCAGUGGUGGAGAGACGGUGUCAUGGAGACAGUGGCCAGUGGCUGGACACCGACCUUCACUGCCUGUGGACUCACCAUCACUGCUCUACAGCCUCUGUGAAGCUAGCCAGCUGAAAACUCCUCUGAAUGUGGCUAAUUCAGUGCUCAAUAUCACAAGCAAUCAAUCUGCUCUGGAUUAUCCGCUAUUACUGUGGCAAGUGACAUCAUGCUAACCUAACUGAUGCAGCUGUUGAAGACACACAGGUGUAGGAAUAUUUUGAGUAUUAUUGUAAUGUGCUUGAAGGAAGGCCAGACCAAUUGCUAAAAGCCAGAUGAAUCAAAUUCUUCUAGCAGGAUCCUUCAGGAAAUUAAUCGACUCCAUAAUGAAAAACCAUUGGGUGAUCAAACACGAUAUGACGAAACACGUAGAAACUAUGGCGUGAUAGUAUUGACAUUAAUGCAAGUAGCGAGAAUGAAGGGAAGUAUGAUUCGUUCAGUGCUGACCUAGGAGGUGUGGAAACUGCAGUAAUGAGCAACGAGCUGAUUUCUCCUGAACAGCUCAUAGUGAGCUCUGGUGUACUCUCUAAUGUGACAGGAUCUCUUGGUUUGAAAGGACUAGAUGAGUGUGCUGCUCAUAACAGAGAGCGUCUCAGGAUCAUCUACUCUGUUUUCCGUACAGACGCCUUGUUUCUCACUCCAGAAACAGCCUGUGAUCUCUAUGCCAUUAGUUCCAUAAUAGUGGGGGUCAAUGCUAGCAAAUGUGCCACCAAACUGUCUGCGAGAUUGAUUUAGAGCGACUAAUGGAGAUGGAGCUGGAGAGGUGGUCGUCUGAGGACUGUAGGGAAACAGGCAGGGGUGGAGGAAGAACACAGUGUGACUGCUCACAACUCGGUCACUUUGGCCUCUUUUUUGACUUGAACCCUGGAGAACCUCUGUCACCACUUGCACUUGCCACCAUAUCUUAUAUCGGAGCAAUUGUGUCAGUGUUUUGUCUACUUCUCCUUCUACUGACUUAUCUGAGCUCAAAGACUCUUCGAAGGAAGGAGCAUGGGAGGAUUCUGAUCAACAUCAGUGUGUCUCUCCUCUGUCUGUAUGUGGUGUUUGUGGUGGCCGGUCUGGUGACGUCAGUGGGGCCUCUCUGUGGCCUGGUGGCCGCCCUCUUCCACUACAUCAUGUUGGUCUUCUUUGGCUGGACUGCAGCUGAGGCUGUCUUCCUCUACCACAAGUUGGCCGUAGUACUGGGAAACCCAAUACACCACUAUGUCUGGAAGGCUGGACUUACAGUUUGGUUGUCUCCUCUUGUAGUUACAGCAAUUUCAGUGGGACUAGGCUAUAAGUACUAUAUCAACCCUUACUAUUGCAGGGCAACAGAGUGGCCAUUUUGGCUGGGACACAUCCUUCCAGUGUCCAUCAUUGGCAUAUUCAACUGGAUUGUUUUCGCCAUCAUAAUGCUCAAGCUAUGCCUCGGGACUGUCAAAGUUGACGUGGAGAGAGAUAGUGCUAGGAGAACCUUCAAGAAGAACUUCUUCAUUGCAGUUGGACUGUCGCUGCUGCUGGGACUUGGCUGGGGAUUUGGACUCACUGCCACCAGCUCCGACCUCAAAGAACUGACCUUUGCCCUCCAAGUCAUCUUCAGUCUGUUUGUAGGCUCUCAGGGAGUUCUCAUCUUUGUCUUCCACGGCCUCCGCUCCCCUCAGUUCCGACUGGUGUGGCAUCUGCCUUUGGUCUGA